CCACAUACAGUCUAUGGAAAUUAGGGGCAACAUACAGUCUAUGGAAAUUAGGGGCAACAUACAGUCUAUGGAAAUUAGGGGCAACAUACAGUCUAUGGAAAUUAGGGGCAACAUACAGUCUAUGGAAAUUAGGGGCAACCUACAGUCGAUGGAAAUUAAUUUCCACAUGCAGUGUGCCUAAAGAGUUUUGAAGUUUUGAGAAGAAACAACUCUUAACACAGAGGGAUGUAAACGGUGCAAAUGUGUGGUUUGGGGGAGGGAUCAAUGUGUCUAUGUGUGUCUGUGUGUGUGUUCGUGUGUCAUUGAGAUGAAGUAGCCUUAAAAUGUAUUUGCAGGUUGACAUUUGAAGUGCAAGUAAACAGAUGUUACUUCUAGCAUUCAAAGUAAACAAUAUUUGGACCGACUAGUCACUUGUGGUAGAUUUGUGUUAGUUUGAAAUGCUGCAAGUGAAACACUAGUGAUGCCAUUUUGUGGGGAAUUAGCUUUCAUCUCUCACUUGCUUUUGAAAUGAAUGACACGGUUUGAACACUUUGGCUGGCUAAACAAUUUGGCUGAUAAAUAGGCGGACUUAAGCAAAGAGAACAAAACAUAAAUACGGUCAGAUACAGAAAGAUGUUGGCAAAUAUAAAAAGAACAGUCAGAGGGAUUACUAUAGGCAUAGCUAAAUUUAGUGAUCAUUAGACAUAUGGAUAUGGUAAAGAUUAAUUGGUUGAUAGAUAAUCCGUUUCAAUAAGGGUAAGAAGGUUAUAGAACCUAGAACUUACUUAAAGUCGACAUCUGAUACUUCUGAACAUCGCUCAUACGGCUCUGAUAUCCAGCCUGCAUAACUAACGUCCAUGGAUGUCUUGGACCGUAAAGUGUUCUGCCAGCAAAGCAUCGAGCCUGAGGAGGGACAAAGAAAUCUUGCGUUCGUCAGCGAUGAAGUGCCGUCCUCUGAUACAGUCGCCUUGCCUGAGGUGCAGAACAACAAAUACCGAUUUUCUGACCACAAGUUAGAAAAAGACUCUGAGAAAAAGGACUCUAAAGAAAAAGACUCUGAAGAAAAGGACUCUAAAGAAAAAGACUCUGAAGAAAAGGACUCUAAAGAAAAAGACUCUGAAGAAAAGGACUCUGAAGAAAAGGACUCUAAAAAAAGAGUCACUAAAGACAAUGCUUUGUUGGAUAAAGUAUCCAGUUCCAACACGAGUGACCUAAAUGUAGACGAUGCAUCUGACUCGAACAACCAAAAAGAAAGUGACUACAAUACGGGUGUAGUUUCCGACAAGGCAGGCAGCUAUAAUGAAAAGAACUCACAUACAGACGCCGUUUUGGACGAAAUGGCCACAUACAAAGAAAGCAAAACAAUUGCAGAGGUAGUACCAGAAAAAAAAACUGAAGAUAAAGAAAGUGGCUUGACAGCUGAGACAGUGACCGAGAAAAAGCCCGAUGGCGAAGAGGGAAAACAGAAAGGUAAACUGCAGUUUGAAAAUGGCGAGACAAACCUUGCGCUCCUAUCUGGCAAGGGAGAGUUAUCUCCCAGCACUGACACCAACUCCGUUAUCAAAGUAUAUAGGCGUCGGUACUUGAUGCUGGGACUCUUUUGCUUCUUCUCUUUUAGCAACGCCUACCAGUGGAUCCACCUGAACAUCAUCAGUAACGUGCUGAGCAGCUACUACAAUGAGAGUCUGCCUACCGAUACAUACCAGAGAAACACGGCCAUCGAUUGGUUAUCUAUGAUCUACAUGUUGGUCUACAUACCGCUCAUCAUUCCUGCCACGUGGUUUCUCGACAAAAAAGGACUCAGAAAAUGUUGUAUUGUUGGAUCUCUCUUAAACCUGAUUGGCGCUGCUCUGAAAUGCGCCAGUGUCGCUCCUGAAAGAUUUCCAUUGCUAAUGGCUGCACAGACUAUCUGUGCCAUAUCUCAACUUUUUAUUCUGGGAAUACCUGCAAGACUUGCCGCUGUUUGGUUUGGGCCAAAUGAAGUCUCCACAGCAACAUCGCUGGGAGUUUUUGGCAAUCAGAUUGGCAUUGCAUUAGGAUUUUUAUUGCCUCCUAUUCUUGUACCAUAUUCAGACUAUACAGAAGAUAUGACUCUGGGUUUCUACAUAAUGUUUGGGUCAGGAGCUUUUGUUAUUGCUGUCAUAUUUAUACUUAUUUGCAUUUUUUUUCAAGAUAAACCACCCCAACCCCCAAGCAGAGCCCAGCAACUGUCUGUUGAAGCUGCCAUCAAUGAAAAUUAUUUGGGAUCCCUUCUGAGACUUUUAAAAAAUCCUGGCUUUCUCAUUCUUACAGUAGCUUAUGGCUGUAACACAGGCUCUUUCUAUGCAAUAUCAACACUUUUAAACACAAUUGUUUUAAAUUAUUUUCCGGGUGAAGAAGAAAAUGCUGGAAGAAUAGGUCUGACAAUAAUUGUUUUAGGAAUCAUUGGCUCUGUGAUGGCUGGUAUCUUACUUGAUAAAACAAAAGCAUUUAAAGCAACCACUGUUGGUAUUUAUGUGUUAUCACUGGCUAGCACUAUUGCUUUUACAUUCACCCUUGGCUUUAAAGAAAUUGCUGUUGUAUUUGUAACAGCUGGUGCAUUAGGAUGUUUUAUGACUGGAUAUCUACCUGUAGGAUUUGAAUUUGCUGCAGAACUAACAUUUCCAGAAUCUGAAGCAACAUCUUCUGGUUUGAUAAAUGCAUCAGCCCAGGUUUUUGGUAUCAUUCUGACAUUGGGGAUGCGAGCCAUGAUGGACAGUAUUAGUGUACUGAGUGCUAACAUAACCAUGUGUUCUAUAUUGCUGUUUGGAACUAUAAUAACAUGUAUAAUAAAAGCUGAUUACAAAAGACAAGCAGCUGGAAAAACAUGUACUGAUAUUUCUCAGGAGAUAAUUGUAAUAUCAGACAGUAAUAAAAUGAUCUGAGCCCUGAUCUAAGUAAUUAUAAAACUUGGAUGUUGUUUUGAUCCUUUUUUAAACCAGUCUUUCUUGUACAGGUGUGGUCUAAUAUCGGUAUAAAUAAUUACAGAAUUGUGUGUAUAGCCUAUAUGUAUCAAACUAAUUAUGGGCAAGAAAAGAAAAUUAUUUAACAGUUUGAAAGAAUAGAACUAUUUUUAUAACACAUAAUUUUUUUUUAAAAAUCAAAAACUGACAAAUAAAUGUUGUGAACAGUUUUUUAAUGUUAAUUUUUUGUGAGAUUAUUUGUUUACUCAACAUUGUUCCUUUAUUGUUAUCCAAUUUAUUUGUCCAGUCAGCAGAUCACUCAAACAUUCUUAUAUUUCAUUCUAUUAGAUGUCUUAUAUUCAUGUUGACUAUUAAUAGGAUUUCAUGUAUACUUAAAUAUUAAUAUGCUGUGUUUGUUUAAUAUGAGACCCAUAGAAAGCCAAAAUAAGCAAUAAUUGUUAUAUCAAAACUGAUAUCCAUAGGCUUAUUUUUUACACUGGGCUACUUACAGGGGUGGACUGGUGUCAAAAUUGGUCUUGAUAGUUCCAUUUAAUCUGGCUCCCAUGGUGCCAUACAAGUUCUCACAAUAUGUUAAGUUGCCUACUGAAUCAGCCAUCAAAACCAACAACUUAGCAGAUUUUAAGUCACUGACUAACUUGCAUGACUAGAUUGACACAGGGUUAUGUGUAGGACAGUGGUUAUCAAACUUUUUUGACCCACAGGGACCCCUUCAUAUGGUCAGAACUUGCCCACACACCCCUAAGUGAAAAAGCUACAUAAAUCCAUAGUAUAUUUAAAAACACAUUUUGUUGAACGAAUGAUUAUUAGGAUUAUAACUUUUGUUUAUAAAAAAAAAUGAGUAUUUGAAUAGGGUUGAUAAGAUUUUAUGGGUGUUUUUAUGUCCAGCUCAAUGUUUGUAAGUUGCAAAAACUGCAAAUCUCAAUGAACACAAAUUUCUAGUUGGUUUAUUUUACUUGUGAUGAGGUUCAUUAAGGCAAUGAAUCCAUGUUGUACCAAAUAAGAAGAUGGGAACACAAUCAACAACUUCCAUCUGUACAAUGACCCAUGAUAUAAAAUUGGAAUUUGUUUUUGUAACCAGAAGUUUGUGGUAUCAUUGUUAAAAAAAUUGGUUAAAUUUUGUGGAUAUUUCAAAAGGCUGCUCCUAUAUUAGUAAGGAUUCAUUUGUGAUUGGGAUCUGAGUUUAUCCACUAGCAUAAGGGUAAUAUCCAAGUGAAGGAUGUCUUCAAAUCUUUAGUUUAAGUCUUCAUAUAAUAGUACAUAAUAAACAUUUGUGAGGGGCCAGUUGAUUAUCAUCAAAAUUAUCUGAUGAGAUAAACUGGCUUUAAGUUAAGAAGUUAUUUUAAGAUAUAAUUUCAUCUUUCUGCGGACCCCCUUCAAUAGUCUUAAAUAUCCCUGGGGCUUUAGACCACAGUUUGAGAACCACUGGUGUAGGACAUAAUUAUCUUCUCUUUUGAAAUAACAUCUGUAAUAUAUAAGAUAAUGCAUUGAAAACUAAAGCUAACCUAAAAGGCCAUUUAUAAUUGCAGGCUAGUCUAUUAGAAGAAAUAGUAUUUUCAGAAAUAUUUCUACCUUUUAUAAGCAUUAGUAAAUUUAAUCAGUGUGAGACAAAUUUUAUACCUCUAUUCUUGCAAAGUCGUUUGUAAAACUUGAAUCUCAAUCACUUCAAAUUAAAUGUUGAACAUGUUGAUCAUUAUUAUUAUAUUCUUCAUAACUCUGGUGGUGAACUUUAGCCACUACAACUUUUAACUUGUCUGAACUGGCUUGCCACCAGGGAAUAGAUGAAGAAAAAGCAAGUCCAAUCUAAGUAUUAUUAUCCUUACAUCUCCUUAGACUACUUCCAUGUGACUUAUGCUCUAAUUACUUUCAUUGAUCAAAGGACUAAUGUGGCUUGCUAAUAACUUUAACCAAAUGGACAAUUUUUGUUCUUACAAUACACUUCAUCAUUUAUCAUAUUGUCUAAAUGAAUAUAAUUUAUAAAUUGUAUAUACUUUUGUGGUUUAUAUCUAUUUACUAUUAUUUGUUUUAAAUAUUAUUGUAUUUCGAUUAGGUAGGCCUGUGUUUUGUCUAUAUAUUUAUAUAUAGGCCUACAUAUAUAUUGAUACCAACUCACAAUCUUCUCAUAAUUAUUUCAUAUAUCUGAUAUUUGAAGUUUGUUUUUAUUAUAGUUGCUAGCAAGUUUUUAAUAUAGUUGCUGAAAGAAGUUUUAUUAUGAUUAGAUUUUUUGUUUAUUUCUGACUCUUUAUACACUUUCCUGAAACUAAUAAGAAAUAAAACAAAAAUUCUGAAGUUGAAAUUUAUAAUUACAAAAGAUUGAAUAAUUAUAAUAUUGAAAAUGAGCUAUCCAUUGUAGGAGUAAUACUUGUUUCAAUACCUUUGAUGUCAAUGAAAUUCUGUUCCAUUCAAAGGGUUAUAAGAACAAUUUAAAUUUAAGAAAAUUCUUACUUAAAAAUUUACAAAUCACGAAAGCAUUUGAAAUUAGGCAUAUCAUCAUUCAGACAGAGUGAGUUGAUAAUAGCUUUGUAAAAAGAGUUUUUUUUUUCUUUUUGAUUCAAAUAGCUAUGUUUUGUACCUGAUCAAUUUGAGGAAUAAAAACGGAUGCUUUAGUACUUUAUUUCUCUGAAAAUCUGUUGUAUUUUUUUUUCUCACCCAUCUCCCAACAUUUGUCUCAGUCAUCCUUCAGAAGGUUGGGCUAGAAUGAAAUACUGAUAUCUUCAUUUCUGAAGCUUAGACUUUAAUCACUUACUUAUGUUAUUGCCGUAACUGCUUUUUUUUUUUUUUACUGCUAUUCCAUUGGAACUACAGGGUUAUAACUAAAAAAAUAAAUUUAAGUGAAUGAUUAGGAUAAUUUAUUCAAUAUUUUAACAUAUAUCAGAGAACAAAACAAUGUCAUUAUGUAUUACAUAUUUAAAACAAUAGUUUAAAUAGAGUUAGAAACUUUUUAAUGUACAAUACAUUGUUUAAAAUUUACAUGGCUUUUCAACAGUGAGGCAUUUAACUGUAAUUAUGUAUACAUAUUUGUGUCUUUGUAAGGUAAUUGAAAAGUUUAUAGGCGGAACAUGUAAUGGUGAGACAACAGUGGUAAUUUCUGGUCUGAUACUUUUGUACAGUGUUAAUGUGACUGCUUUUGUUGCAUUUUUUAUGAUAUGGUGGAACUGGUAGAGCAUUUGUUCUGUCUAUAUGCAUCUUCUGUCAUCUGUAAUAUACUCCUUGCCAGAAAAAUGCCCUACUAUGUGCAAAGAUUAUUAUUUUGUCAAAAUAAAUACAAAAAAAUAAAAAAAUUUGUUUUGAAAUCAGCUGUUGUCUUUGUAUUGUCUGUCUAAUAAACCAAAAGAACUUUUCAGAAACCGAAUUUCACCAUUCCCUUGAUCAAAAUUGGUGCUAUUGCUAAUUUUGAUCUCCUGAAAGUGAACUCUUUUAAAAUGAAAACUCUUUUAUUCCUACACAUGCAUCAUUUAUAAAACAAGAUUUAAGAUUUUAUACUACCAGUACUGUAUAAUGAUCUUGACACUGUUACAGUAUUGAGAAAAAUAUGUUUCAUCUUUUGUAACAUAUAUGCUUCAAGUUUUGGUACUUGUCAAAUGAAUGUAAUUUUUUUUAUGUUGACUAUGUGUUUUAGGUAGAAUGAUAAAUUGUCUUUCACUUUAACAACUAAGUUUGCAUAUUAUAGGCACGUACAUAUAAACUUUAAAACUUUAAUAGUAGACAGUUUCUGUUGAUCCACAACCUUCAUAUAAUUUUGUGUUUGUUUGCAAUAAAGUGCAAAGUAACUUAGACCCAGGGGAGCUGCUCAUGAGUUUGUAAUUAACACAAAUUUUCUUUAUUAUCUUGUACUAAUGUAAAUUUCGUGUAUUUUUUUUUUCAUACCAAACAAAAUCAUAUUAUGAAAUAUAGAGCCUAUAUAAUUCUGGUUACAAAUAAGGUUCUUCCACAAAUAAGACACACUGCAUUUAAAAGUAUAGCAUUAAAUUGCUAGCACUAUAACUAAUCCCAAACCAAUAAAAGAGGUUAACUGACAGGCACAUCCUUAAACUCUUGAAUACAGAAUUCUAACUAGAAAGACUGGAAUUAAAACCCAGCUCAUUCAGCUCCUAAGAGUUUGCCUUACCAUAAGGUUGCUCUAUCCAAUAUGAUUUUCAUUUGUAUGGGAAAACCCAGAGUCUUCCAAACACUAGUUCUUACCCUAUAGAAAAAAGCUGAAAUUUAGUCAAAGACAUAGAUUAGUCCAUAGUUUUUUCUUUUUUUUUUUAGCUGUUGAACUAUCUGAUUGUUGACAAUGUUAUUUCUUUAAAAUUUGAUAAUAUUGUAUUGGAAACUUACAGAAUAUGUUCAACAGGUUGUGGUGAUGUUAUAAACAACGAGUAUUUUUAUUAAAUUUAUAAGCUUUUGUAUGAAUCUUGACAUUGUCAGUUGUUUUAUAUUAUUAUUGGUAUUUGUCAUAAAAUCACUUUGGUUGAGGCUUGAACUGCUAAAAAUGUUUUAUUGAGUUAUUUUAGUUUAGCUGCUAAUAAUGUUGUUUCUUGUUGAAUUAAACAGUAAUAAAUUUUGUUUCUAGCAUUAAACUGUAAGCAAUGUAAAUACUGUUGUUAAUAAAACAAACUUUGAACUGUU